GCAUAAGAAGAUAUAGAAAGGACAAGGAUUUCCUGCACACUUGUGUAGAGGAGUGGCUGCAAACAGGAUUAGGUGGCAAUAAUCUAUAGUGACAUUUGUCCUAGUAUCAUGUGAAAUGCACAUGGUUAGUUUUAGUUUGUAUUGUCCGUUAACCAACGUUUUCUCUCUCUCAAACGUCAAACAUCCAUCUCUCCUCUGAAACUAUGAUUCUCAUUCAGCCAAAAAAAAAAAACCAUCACUCGCUCUCCUCUCUCUUCGAAAUCAUCAGGCUCUCAAUCCAUCUUUCUUCCUCUCUCUUCCUCCUUCAUUCCUCUCAUCAGAAUCCACAGCCACCUCAACCCAUAAUAAAAAACUCUUGCUGCCAAUCUCAGAAGCUAAAACCGAAGAUCCACAUGCAACAAGGAAUCCUCCCAAGAUUUAGAUCUGAUCUGUGCACAGUGAGGAUUUUGGCUCCGGUAUGUGCAAAUAUUUUGGAAAUCGGGGUUUAGAUCUGGUGCUAAAUCAUUGGGGAUUUUUUUUUUCUGGGAUUUUCGAUUCUUGCUGUUUGGAUGCCAAGAAAAUAUUCAAGACUGAAAUUAAUGUACCGAUCUGUACACAGUGAGGAUUUUGGCUCCGGUAUGUGCAAUUUUUUUGGAAAUCGGGGUUUAGAUAUGGUGCUAAAUCAAUUGGGUUUUAUGGGGAUUUUGCUUCUUUUUUUUUUGGGGGAUUUUGGAUUCUUGCUGUUUGGAUGCCAAGAAAAUAUUUAAAACUGAAACUAAUGUACUUUUAGAUGAAUGAAACUAAUUCAAAGCUUCUUGAGAUGAAGGCAGAUUUAUCGUGCUUGAGAUGGCAAAGAGAGAGAAGGGAUGGACGAAGAAGGUGAAGAAAAGACAGAAGGGAUCUGAUGGCUUGAUGGGUGAAGAAGAAAGUGAAUUUGGAUUUUGAGAGAGAGAGAGUGCUGCUAUAAUUUUAACGGAGAAAGUUAACUAAAAUCUAAACAUGUGCGUUUCACAUUAUACUAGGACAAGUGUCACGGUAGAUUGUUGCCAUCUUUUUUUUUUGAGAAGAUAGAUUGUUGGCAUCUAAUCCUGUUUGCAGCAACUCUGCACACCUGUAGUGCAGGAAAUUUCCGAUAAUAAAUUGUGAUAUUUUGAGCGAGUGCAAUUGUGAAAGUGGCCCUUGUCGGCCACUUCCAUAUGUGUAAGUGUUUUCUUUUUUUUUUGGAUAGCUUCCGGGUAUUUUCCUGUGCAAGCACAUGGAAGUCUGCACAAAUGGAGCCCACGUGAAAAUAGCUACAAAAGUUGACAGUGACAAAUGUGAAAUGUCACUAACUUAACUUGCCCGGCACGGUCAGAACAAGAACGAAACAGCCAGGCUUUAUGCUGUAAAAUGGAGAAAUUAUUGGUUCCUCCGAGAGAUGUAAGGCCACUGGUUUAUGGACCACUGAUGUAAAACAGCUACUUUAUGGACCACUGGUUUUUUCUUGCAGUGGUAUCGGCGUAUCAGAGGAGGACUGUAUUUUUAUUUUGAUUUUGGGGUUAUGGCUGUGAGUGAGUGGAGCUGAGUUUUAACCUUGGUUUGGUUUUGUUAACAAGAGUUAAGAUAAUGGAUUUGAUUUUGGGGUUAUGGCUGUAAGUGAGUGGAGCUGAGUUUUAACCUUGGUUUGGUUUUGUUAACAAGAGUUAAGAUAAUGGAUUUGGAUAAGUGUUGAUGUGAAGUUGAAUCAGAAAAAAUGGUCACGUGGCACUUUCUUAUUGGCUGGCAGGAGCCAGAGGACCACAUCAGUGGUCUUCCUGGAGGAACUAAUAAUUUCUCAAAUGGCCAACUUGAUAGACAAAAACAAAAGCAAGUGGGAAAUUUCAUAGCUGGUCUUCAACCAAAAAAAAUGUUCAUAGCUCCUACAUAUCGCUUAACAAGCUAGUAAGUUACCAAUUGCUUCAAUGGCCACUCAAGCAACUUCCUCCUCUCCCUCUUCAAAUUCUUCAUCAUCUUCUUCUUCUUCUUGCUCUCGACGGAACUACGAUGUGUUCCUCAGUUUUUGCGGUGUUGACACCCGCAAGAAUUUCACAGAUCAUCUCUACACUGCUUUAAAACGAAAGGGUAUUGACACCUUCUGGGAUGAUGAAAAAACUGAGCGAGGGAAAUAUAUUUCUCCAAAGCUCUUGAAAGCAAUAGAAGAGUCCAAGUAUGCUAUCAUCGUUCUCUCAACAAACUAUGCUUCUUCAAGGUGGUGCCUAACUGAAUUAGCAAAAAUUGUUGAAUGCAUGAAGAAGACCAGAUUGACAAUUUUGCCUGUCUUUUAUCAUGUGGAACCCUCUGAUGUGAGAAACCAGAGUGGUAAUCUUGCUAAAGCCUUUGCUAAACAUGAGGAAGAUACCAAAGUUAACACAGAAGAUGUGCAAGCAUGGAAAGCUGCUUUGAAAGAUGUGGGUCAUAUAUCCGGAUGGCAUGUGCAUGAUAGUUAUGAAUCAAAAGUUAUCCAAGAAAUCAUUGGAAGGAUAUGCCCUCAUGAGUUGUAUCAUAAAUUCUCAAGUGUUUAUGAGAACCUUGUUGGAAUAGACUCACGUGUGGAGGAAAUGUUGGGUUCAUGCUUAGGUGAAGGGUUGGGUGAUGUUCGCUUUGUUGGGAUAUGCGGGAUGGGUGGAAUGGGCAAAACAACUCUUGCACGAGAAAUUUAUAGAAGAAUUUCAGGUAACUUUGAAGCUAGUAGCUUUAUUGCUAAUGUUAGAGAAGAAACUAAAAAUCAAGGUCUAGUUUCUUUACAAAAACAACUUCUUUCUAAGAUCCUCAUGGAAAGGGAAAUAAAUAUAUGGGAUGUUUAUGAGGGAAUCGAUUUUAUAAGCCAUAGAUUACGUAAUAAAAAGGUUUUUAUUGUUCUUGAUGAUGUGGAUGGAGAACAUCAAUUAGGAGCAUUAGCAAAGAAACAUGAUUGGUUUGGUGCGGGGAGUAGAAUUAUUCUAACAAGUAGAGAUAGUCAUUUCUUGCAAAGAAAUGAAGUGGAUGAUAUAUAUACAAUUGAAGGGUUGAAUGAUGAUGAAGCUUUGGAGCUUUUUAGUUGGGGUGCUUUUAAGAAAACCCAUCCUGAAGAAAGUUAUAUGGAUUUGUCUAUGGAUUUUGUGAAUUACGCAAAAGGCCUUCCUUUAGCUCUUAAAGUUGUAGGUUCUUCGUUGUAUGCUAAAGGAAGGAAUGAAUGGAAAAGUGCCCUAGAUAAAGUAAAAGAAGAACCUAAUAGAAACAUUUUGGAUGUACUUCAAAUAAGUUUUGAUGGGUUAGCAAAUACACAAAAAGGAUUGUUUUUAGAUAUUGCAUGUUUUUUCAAAGGGGAGAACAUAGAUUGCAUAAGAGAUAUACUGGAAAGUUUUGGUUAUUAUCUAGACUACAAUAUUGGUGUUCUUAAGGACAAAUCUCUCAUAACCAUUGAUGACCAUGGAAUUUUAUGGAUGCAUGAUUUGCUGCAAGAUAUGGGUCAAGAAAUCGUUCGUCUUGAAUCUCCUAAAGAGCCUGGUGGACGUAGUAGGUUGUGGAUUUAUGAUGAAGUCAUUGAUGUAUUGAAGAAUAAUUCUGGAACAGAGGUAGUUGAAGGCAUAAUGGUAAACAUACCUAUUCAAAAAGAGGAACACCUGAGUGCUGAAGCCUUUUCAAAGAUGAAAAAUUUGAGAUUGCUUAAAAUUAGUAGUGAGGAACUUCCAGAAGACUUCAUAAAUGGUACUAUGCAACUUCCAAAAGACCUCAUUAGAGGUAAGGUGCAACUUCCACAAGGCCUCAAUUAUCUUUCUAAUGAGUUACGUCUUCUUGAAUGGCAUGGAUAUCAUUUAAAAUGUUUACCAACCAAUUUCCAACUAAACAAACUUGUUGAAUUGAGAAUGCAUUGUAGUGGCAUCAAACAACUAUGGAAUGGAAACAUGCAGAAUUUAGGCAAGUUAAGACUCAUUGACCUAAGUGACUCUCAAAACUUGAUUGAGAUGCCAGAUCUUAGUGGAGCCCCGAAGCUUAAGCAAUUGAUUUUUCGACAUUGUACAAGACUAUAUAGGAUUCACACAUCUCUUGGAGAUCUCAAACAACUUAUUCGAUUGGAUCUGAAUGGUUGCAAAUGUAUCGAAAGCCUUCCUCACAAGAUCAACUUGGAAGCACUUGAAAUUUUCGAUCUUGGUGGUUGUUCAAGACUGAAGAAAUUUCCAGAAAUUGUAGGAAAUAUGUCACGUUUGUCGAAACUUUGUUUGAGUGAGACAGCUAUAAAAGAUCUACCAUUAUCAGUGGAGCAUUUAAUUGGCCUUAUUGAAUUGGAUCUGAGAGACUGUAAAAACCUUUCAAGUCUUUCAAAUGCAUGUUGUUGUUUGAUGUCUCUAAAAAUUCUCACUUUAUCGGGUUGCUCAAAACUUGAUACACUACCAAAGAAUUUGGGUAAUAUCAAAGGUCUAGAGGAGUUAGACUUGAGUGAAACUGCUAUAACAGGACUUCCUUUAUCUGUUGUUCACUUAAAAAAUCUGAAAGUACUAUCUCUCCGUGGAUGUGUGAGGUUAUCAUCUAAAUCAUUCAAUACGCUCCUGAGUUUUCCUUUAAUGCAACGAAAAAGAAGUCCUGAUCCCAUGGGCAUGUUAGUGUGUUCUUUACAAGGUUUAUUGUCUUUGAUGGAAUUGGAUUUAAGUUAUUGCAAUAUUCGAACGAUUCCUAGUAUUUUUGGGUCCUUGUCAUCUUUAAAAGUAUUAAAUCUAAAAGGAAACAAUUUUGUUUGCCUUCCCGAAAGCAUCAAUCAACUAUCUAAUUUGCAAUACCUUUACUUGAGUGGUUGCACUCAACUUCAAAUGCUGCCCAAGCUUCUAUUGAAUGCGUAUUUUAUCGAUGCAAGAGGGUGUACCUCACUGGAAACAUUAAGUCCAGAUUAUGAUUUUUGGCCGAAUAUAAUAUAUCUUCUCAAUUGCGUCAAAUUCAUUUAUAAUCAAGGCAAAGGAGACCUGUUGUCAACAAUUCUAAGAAAUUAUAUCAUUGAGAGAUGCUGUAGCAGGUGGGGUCAAACAUAUCUCACAAUUCCUGGAGUUGAAAUUCCGAAUACAUAUCUCACAAUUCCUGGAAGUGAAAUUCCGAAUUGGUUUAGGCACCAAAAUGUGGGGGCUUCAGUGAAUCUGCAAGUGCCUUCACAUUUAUUAUUCAGUAGCAAAUUAAUGGGAAUCGCAGUGUGUGCUGUUUAUAUAUUCCGCCGGCAUCAUCCACUUCACCAACUUCAUAUUCGUCAUAUUAGAGGUACGAUAUAUACACAUAAGCUUCGGUGUUUCGUUGAAGCCAACGGAGAUCGAUAUGACGCUGUGUGGCUUCCUUUAUCGGAGGAAUUUGGUAAGAUUGAAUCGUAUCAUCUUUGGCUCGAAUAUUUUCUCUAUGGUGCAUUCUUCUUCGAAAGCCACCACAAAGAAGAAUUGGUUCCUAAUGAAUUCACCCAAAUUGAGCUUACAUUUGAAACAGAAGGUCCAGGCUUGGAGGUUACGAAAUGCGGAGCCCAUUUGAUAUUUGAGCAAGACAUUAAAGAUCUCAAACAAACUAAGCCUGGGUCUAGCAGCUGCAUUAUCACUCCUUAUUAUGAGGAUGAUGAUUUAGGGGGCAAUUUAGAGAAAGAUACCAAAAUCAAGGAAAGCCGUGAUGAUGAACCACCACACCCAAAGUGGACAGAGCACCCUAAACUAAUUGAAAAUUGGAUUGGGAAUUCAUGGAUACAAGGACAAGGUGACUCUGAUUGUGAGUGAGGAAAGAGGAAUCCCAGUGAAAGUGGCAACUUUGAUGAAUCUGCACAGUUGAGAAACUUUUUGUUUUCUCUUUGAUUUUUUUAAACCAAUAGCAGAUAAAGAGGCUACAAUGCUGGAUGGCAGAGAUGUUCGUACUACCCAGAGCACAGGGUUUGGUGCUUACUACAACGACCACUACACUGUCUUUGAGUGUCUGGGGUUGAUGCUGAUGAUGAUGGAGAGUGGAACUGGGUUUGGGGCUAUUUCUGUUUGGCUAAAAGGAAACUUGAGGUUAAAUAGUGUGAAAGGGGUACCAGUUGGAGCUAUGCCGGAAAGCUUUGGAGGAGAAUAUUGUUGUUUAUUUGGGGACAGGUUGUGGGAUGACCACAUUGCUGUACUGCUUAUACAUGAGCUGGGUCACUUGAUAAGGAAGCCCCAGAAGAGCAUAUGCAUCAUCCUCGCCCCUACAGUGGCUCUGGUUCAGCAGAUCAUGCUCAUGUAACCGGUCAGAUGCCUGUGAAUUGACUAUUAUCUUCUGGACGUAAAGAAGACUUGUUGAUGACUGUGCAGAAAUGGUGGUUGGUUCUGCUUCUGCUGAUGACUGUGCUGUUAAGCCUUUGACAAGUUCAGCUGCUAAGUGGAGAAAGAGGCUUUUCAUAGGAUGUAUUCCGAUUGAAUCUACAGUUGAUAAUGUGCAGUUGCAUUUCAGUCAGUUUAGCUAUGUUUUGGACGUGUAUCUUCCUAAGGAUGAAAGAAAAAUGUGUCAUAGGGGGUUCGGUUACAUUGUCUGAUGAAAUUUCAGCGGAGUACACUUAUCAGAAAGUACAUAGGAUACGUGGGCAGACGUGUGCAUGUUAUCAUGAUAUAUGAUAGACAGGUGCUUGGGUCCAAUAGGCACUCAUGUGGGUAGCUGACUAUCAAAGGAAAGAGCCUCAGAACUUUCUUGUGCAGAGUGGUUUGGUGGGCUACUGUCUAUCACAUAAGGUCUCAGAGAAACUUAAGAAUUCAUGGAGAGGUCAAAACAGAGGAAAUUAAAGUGAAGAGAAUGAGAAAGGAUGUUAAGUUUAGAAUGAUGUUCAAAGGAAGUUACUGCAACUCUAUCCUAACCUAAACAGAGUUAUCUGUUAUAACUGGAGAGUACCACAUUCCAUCAUUCAUGGCUUCUGCUUAAAAGUUUUGCUAGUAGCUGGGUUUGUGAUUGGUCUUAUUUUUUAAAAGAAGAUGUUGGGUAAGAUAACACCAAUCUGAUGCUGUAGUAUAGUCCGAAGGCUCAUAUCUCUAUGUAAAACUGGGUUGGGAUGAUGUAACACUGUUUUCAAGUGGAGAUGAUCUUUUAAUGUAUAGGUCAGGGCAGAUGCCGUUGUUGUAGUGGACUAACUGAAGUCUCAGUGUUUUAAGUGUUUCUGCUUUGUAACAAUAAAAAGUUAUGAAUUAUCCAAAAAAGAUAGAAGAAUGCUCAAUUCCAUAUA